AUGACUGGACCCCAAGAGCUAGUGUUGGUGCGAGGAGUGGGCUUUGUCCUGGACAGGCGUUCUCAGCCUUCUGGUUCCCAGAUAUUCAUCUUCUCAGUGCUCUGGUCGGACGGCAGUGACAGCUUCAUCUACAGGACCUUUCAGGAGUUCCGUCAAUUCCAUAAAAGACUGAAGGACACCUUUCCCUUGGAGGCAGGUUUGCUGAAGAGUUCCGAUUGUGUCCUCCCCAAGUUUCAAGAUGCCUUCAUACUUCUCCCCAGUCGAAGGACACGAAGGGGACUGGCCCGUUUACAGAUGCUGGAAGCCUAUUCUCAGGAACUUCUGGGGGCCCCAGAGACAGUAUCUCGAAGUGAGGUGGUCACUGGCUUUUUCCAGACUCAGCCUGGGGAUUUGGAGCCAGUCCUGCCCCAGCACAGCAUGGUGAUCAUACCUUCCUCCUGGGAGAGGCCAGAACAGAGACCAAAGAAGCCCCCUGCCCUAGGACCAGACAUCUACACCCUGGAGACCCAGACUUUCCGGUGCCUUGAUAGCUUCAGUACACAGGACACCAGGGGCAGGCCCUUUAAGGUUGGAGCUGGAGAAGAGCUGGAUGUGUUUCUAAGAUCGCCCACAGGCUGGUGGCUGGUAGAGAAUGCGGACAAGCAGAUAGCCUGGUUUCCUGCACCCUACCUCGAGGAGGUAACUCCAAAGGAGGGAUGUGAGGAGAUGCCUGCGAUACCCAGCAGUGGGCUCCUGUUCUGGAGCGCGGUAGCUUACCAAGGCAGCCGAGAGGACGAGCUGUCUGUGCCUGCGGGGGCCCGGGUGACCGUGCUAGAGGCGUCUGAGCGCGGCUGGUGGCGGUGCAGGUACCGUGGCCGCGAUGGCCUCUUGCCAGCCGUGCUCCUGCAUCGCUGCCCGGACUCCGGGAGCGCCGGCGGGCUGGGCGUGCUCCUGAGGGCGGGCCGGGGCCCACUGGGGCUCGGGCUGGAGCCUGAGCCUGGACCACUAGGCCACGGCGAAGCCACGCCUCGCGGGAGCAGGGCCAGGGAGGGGCGCCUCCCCGCGUUCGCCCAGCCUGCUCGGCCCUCCAGCCCGCGCUCAAGCUCAGAGUCAGACUGGGACAGCGAAGACGGGGAGCACAGCGGGGCCACGCCGGACUCGGGAUCCUUCCCUGCCGUGCCCGCCCGGCCCGAGUCGGGUGACAUCCUGCGGAGAUGCUGCUCUGUGACCCGGAGAGCCCAUCUCCGCCCGGGCGCCGCGAGGUCUCCAGCACCCACUCGAACUGCUGGGCUGCUGAUGUCUGCACCCCACCCUUCCCCCACUCCUAGCCUGGCCGGCUCCCCGACCUCCGGUCCCCACGUUGAGUUGUGA